AGACUUCAGUAAUGGUCUUUUCAAGAAUAAUUAAUCUUUUUGUCGCCCUCAUCAACUAUGUUGUCGCCCUCAUCAAGUAUGUGGCAAGGAUAAUCAUGAGUUGCCCAUACUGCCAAGAGAACGCUGAACGAGAAGAUGUGGAAAACCCAGCGCCUCCUUUCUGGCACCACUCUCUUCUGCAGAGAACUCUGCAAAUAUGGUUUACAACAAAAUUAGCAGUGUUACCAUUGGGAGUAUUAGUGAUUUUCUUGCUCUAUUUUGAUAUAAACAUUGACCCCAUUUUAAGAUGGGGAAAAACUUACUACAUGAUAGGACUUGUAAUCUGUUCUGUGCUACUUUAUUUAUACUGGCUAGAAAACAGGGGAGAGUACUUUCCAGCAGUGGGCAUGGUUGUAAAAGUUGUCCUUCUAGUAAUAGUGUUGCAGAGGGGUGUACACAUUGGCAAUGAACUCAACUUCUUUUUCCCGAAUUUUAGUAAACGGUAUAACCAGAUUAUGUGGCCCUCGAUUUAUGCUGCUUUAUUUAUCGUUGUGCUAUUACCUCGGAUAGUACAAAGAAAUGUUUUUUUAAUUCCUUUGAACUCUCGACUACACACCAUUUCUCUGAUCACAGCUAAGUUAUGUCUUGACUGGGUAUUCUACAACCUCGCCGCAAUGUUUAUAGUCACAAAAGACGAAGUAAAACAAGCGAUAUUUGUAACCAUUACCCCACUCCUGCCUGUAAUACCUAUAGUUAUUUGCGAUCGCUGUACUUUGAUACAAAUCUCUAAAAUCACCACCCGAGAGCGUGGUUUCGUUUUUGUUUGUUUGAGCCGUGGAAUUAUUAUUAUUCUAUGUCGUAUCAUGCAAGCCGAUUUCACGAGUAUAUGGCUCUUCAUGGGAGUGUCCUUGUUCCAAGGUUUUCUCAAAGUGGCCGGCAAAGCAACAGAAGAGCUUCGGGGCAAUGUACUGACAUACUUUUUUAGACGUCCAAGAAAUCCCAGAUCUCCAAGGUUCAUGGCAGAUAUCGAAAUCCAAGAUAUCCUGUUUGAAUGGAUAACGCUUAUUCUCAGCCAAACUUUGGUUGCACUCUCGCUGAUACAAACCUGUGGGAAUUCACAGUUGGAUGUUCUCAAUAAGUCCCUUGUCAGGAUUGCUAUUGGACUAGGCAUAGAUUUUAUUUUUAAUUGUCUUUCCAUCUUUAUUCAAAUGCGUUGGUGCCAUGUUCCACUUCACACGGUCUGGUUAAAUCACUGGAAAUAUCACAUGCUGGUUAACGUCAUCGCCAUCGCGAUAAUAUUGAUUAUCUACAAACCAAGCCUUGUCACAGCUUAUGGAAUACAAGGGCAAUUUAGAAAAUAUGGAAAUGACAAUUGUACAUCGGUCUUUACACAGUGGUGAAACAGAUGCAAAACAAGACUGACUCGUCAUCGUCAUUAGUAUAGCUUAAGAAACUAAUUAUGUACAUGCUCAUCCAGACAUUGACCAUUGGCCUAUAUAUUGUUAUAUGAAUGGAAGAAACAGUGUACAAACAAACAUUAUAAAUAAGGCUUGUCUCAGAACGACAUUUUAAGCUAUGUAAUAGUUUGCCGCAUGCAUGCAUAGUAUUAGGUUGCGUUCAGACUGAGUGACCGGCACUGGUGCCCAAUGUUCAAAAUGGUUCCCAAAACAUGUUGAGCACAGUGCCAUUGUUGAGUACUACCUCUAGAAGUAGUGCCCAUUCUUGGGCACUAUGUGCCAAUUUCAUUUGAAAGCAUCGUGUACAACCCAUGAACGCAGCCUACAAUACCGUGUUUACUCGUUUUAGCGCCACAGCGCUCUUUAAAUUUUUGGUGCUUCGGAUGCGGUGCUUAUUUGAGGGCGACGCUCAAACAAGUAAAUACGGGAUUGUUGCAGCACAUUUGCAUUAUAGUAUAAUCAUAGGGAAUGUAUCAUGCAUUGGUCAUUGAUAAUAAAUAUUAAUAAACUGGUUUCAAUUUCAAGUAUUACCAUGAAUAAAUAUAGUACCAUGUUGGUACGCGGUACUCUGCGUACUUACAUUUUGCUGGUACCAUAUGACCAGCAAACAUUUCAAGAUAUUCAAAACCGUUAAUCCAGCAUGUCCUGCCACGAAGCAUGAUUGAACAGACGUCGUAUGAGAGCCAAUGAGACUAAGAAAAGUUGGAGUCAUUUGUAUGGAACUUCAUUUGUAGGGCCUUCGCUCGAAACGUCGAAAUUCUCCUUAUAUUUUUCAGGUAGUUGCAUGUUGCAUCCCUACCAACGAAAGCUGUUCGAAAUCGUGCUCUUUCUUGUCCUGUUUUAGGUUACUGACUGAACACAUUUCAGUAAACUGUGCUUUAUGUAGUUUAUCUUAAAGACUGACUACACCUUGAGUCUUAAGUCUCUACUAGCUCAAGUAUGCGCUAAUAAUCAUCUGGGGUGCCAGUAAGGGUGCAGCAGUUUGGUGUGGUAAUUCUUCAUACGGAAACUGAUAAUACAUUUUGCUUGAUAGUUAAUAAAGUUUGUUUUUCUCGCAGGAAGCGAAGCUCAAGCAGCAGACUGAUUAUGAUGAAAUUCACAGAGAACUCGAGUAAGUUAUGCACACAAAAUACUUCCUAUGCAAAAUAUGGGUUCUUGUAGAAUGAUGACUUCGGAACAAUGUUUUUGUACUUUUCUAUUUCAGUAUUUUAAAAUCUGUGGAGUUCUCAAGAAUCCCUAAUGCUGACGAUGAUUCCUCUGAACAGGUAUAAAUUAUCAUAACUAUAAUCAUCUCGCACAGUUUAUGCUCAUCGCCAUCAACUCACUUGAGAAUAUUUCUUCUUUUACAGGAUACAAAUAAAUCUCUAGAGAUGCUUCUUUUGGAAAAGAAUCGAGGUACUGUGAGGCUGUGAGCUGAACGCUGCCUUUCAUUGGGAUAUCUUUAGUAGUUUAGAAAAGGAACAUUUGUGUUGAAGAAUCGUCUUUUCUCCGUGUUUCAGGUUUACAAUCAGAAAAUGCCAAAUUAAAGUUUGCCAACCAAGAUCUUUCUGGUACGUAUGUACUUUUGUGUCAAGAUCCAUUGUUAGUGCAGGAGUAAACCGCAGACUCCCUGGAGAAUUAAACAUGCGGUGUUACUGAUAGCGUCAUAUUGGUAACGCUCUUGUCACGUGUGGCUGCAGCGAAAUUAUUACCAUUGACUGUCCAAUCGAUUGUUUCCAAUGUGAAUUUCAGAUCGUCAUGCAGAUCUCCAGAAGCAGUACACGGAGGCCGCUCACACUGUCAAAGAGCAGAAAGAAUUGAUCACUCAACUUGAGACUGACUUACUCUCCGUCAAUGCCUUGCCCUCUGUACAUCGUGGCCAAGGAGAGGUAUGAAUAUUGCUCUUUUGUUAGACGUGUCAGUCUUUGUAUCUAACAAACAUUGCUAUACUGUAUAUAAGUCCUUAACUGUUCUCCCUUUAAAAAGGGGUUCAGAUUUGAUUUCCACAACAGCUGCCAUUUAACCAAUCAGAUGCAUUUAAUCUACCCGUCCCUAAGUCCCUUGUUGAUCCAGUGCUACCACAGGAGGAAGCUUGAGUACCCAGAGAAAACCUGUGGUGUUUGGUAGAGUGAAACUGCAUGAAAGCUUCUAUGGCAUUCAAAUCUUCUUUUUCUAUACCAUAGGGUGAAGCAAUUCCUACCUCUGAAACUGAACUGGUUUCUGUUGCGGUGCAAGGUGUCAAAACCCCAACUACAGUUCCAAGUAAUAUAACGUACACUGUGAAUUAAUCAUUAAACAGAGCUCAACGUAACUUUUGCGGGUUUUUGUUUUGAAGAUGUGAACCCGUCGGAAGGCAGUGUUACUUCAGAUUCUCUGCUUCCCAUUAUUUCAAGCCAACGUGAGAGAUUUAAAACGAGAAAUAUGGAGCUUGAAGCGGUAUGUAGUACCAUUAACCAAACUUAACUAAAUUAUACCUUAUACCUCUGUCAGUCCUAAACUGUUCUCCCUAGGUCCAGCAAGGAUAAUCUCUUAUUGAUCCAGUAUUACUACUGUACAGGAGGAAACCUAAACUAAACUAACUUUAUUUCUGCUGGAUAGCUCUAUCAGUUCUAAACUGUUCUUCCUAGAGGUCCAGUAAGGAUCAUCUCUUAUUGAUCCAGUGUUACUACAGGAGGAAACUUAAACUAAACUAACUUUAUUUCUGCUGGAUAGCUCUAUCAGUUCUAAACUGUUCUUCCUAGAGGUCCAGUAAGGAUCAUCUCUUAUUGAUCCAGUGUUACUACAGGAGGAAACUUAAACUAAACUAACUUUAUUUAUACUGGAUAGCUCUAUCAGUUCUAAACUGUUCUUCCUAGAGGUCCAGUAAAGAUCAUCUCUUAUUGAUCCAGUGUUACUACGGGAGGAAACCUAAACUAAACUAACUUUAUUUAUACUGGAUAGCUCUAUCAGUUCUAAACUGUUCCUCCUAGAGGUCCAGUAAGGAUCAUCUCUUAUUGAUCCAGUGUUACUACAGGAGGAAACCUAAACUAAACUAACUUUAUUUAUACUGGAUGGCUCUAUCAGUUCUAAACUGUUCUUCCUAGAGGUCCAGUAAGGAUCAUCUCUUAUUGAUCCAGUGUUACUACAGGAGGAAACUUAAACUAAACUAACUUUAUUUCUGCUGGAUAGCUCUAUCAGUUCUAAACUGUUCUUCCUAGAGGUCCAGUAAGGAUCAUCUCUUAUUGAUCCAGUGUUACUACAGAAGGAAACCUAAACUAAAACUGUUCUCCCAAGAGGUCCAAUUGAUUACAUUUGAGAUGCAAACUUCCACCUUAAUUCUUUCAUCCUUUCAUUUAGCAAGCGCGACAUCAGCAGCGACAAACCACUCUACUCCAAAAUGAAAUCGAUACCCUCCGUUCAGAUAAUGUGAAACUGUACGAGAAAAUAAGAUUCUUGCAAAGUUACCCAAACAAAGGCACCUCAAGUCGAGACGAUGAGAAUGCCGUUAAUAAAUAUUCUUCCCAAUACGAAGCAAGACUCGACCCUUUUGCUGCUUUUAACAAAAAUGUAAGUUUCUCCAUAGGAAACGUAGUUAACGUGAAUUAAAAGUUCUGUCGUGAAAUGUUUCCCGAAAUGUUAUCUAUUUUUACAGGAAAAACAACAACGAUAUCUAGGGUUGAGUGCCCAUGACAAAGUUACUUUAAAUAUGGUGAGUUUCCAUAAAAAUUCCGUAUUUUAUACUGUGGAUUCAUAGAAAAUCCCAUAAAAGACAUGUUGUAAACAUAUCCCCCGAUGAUGGCUCUGUAAUAAAACAUGUUCUUUGCAUUUAUUUGGGGUAAAGACCUACCUAAAAUGAUCAAGUUUUGUGAUUGGCUGUCAGAAACAAAUCAGAAACAAAAUGAUCAUUGUUCGUGACUCGUUCUUUAGAAAGACGAUUUCUAUAGUUUUAUUGUCUUUCAUUGUUAUAAUCAACCAACCACGAGCCUGGAUAGUAUAGGUAGAUUAUGAUCCUUUAUUGGUAUUUUAUAUGUUUUAGGGGAAAUUUAUUUUAUCCAACAAGAUCGCCCGAGCUAUAGCAUUCUUUUAUACGAUAUUUCUUCACUGUCUAGUGUUCCUGGUAAGCCUUGCAGGAUUUAAUAUAUUUGAACAUUGACGUGACAUGUUUUGCUGGGUUGCAUCAAAGUCAAACUAUGUCUGAUUUCGAUGCCCUCCUCUUUAAGGUGUUAUACAAGUUGGCACAUACAGAAUCGUGCAAAAAAGUUAUGGCUGCUGAAUGCAAUAGAAGGUUUGUGAAGAGUGCUAUGAUACCGGGGGGGAGGGGGGAAUGGUUAGGAAGAAAAGAAAAUGGGGUUGUAAAACAGGGGGGGAGGUAAGAGAGGGGGUAAGAAAGAGUGGAUACAAAGAAGCCUUUCAAAUGCCAAAAGUCAGUUUUUAAAUGCCAGAACCUUUUUCAAAUGCCAAAACUCCGUUUUCAAAUACCAUAACUCCGUUUUCAAAUGCCAGAACUCCAUUUUCAAAUGCCAGAACUCCAUUUUCAAAUGCCAGAACUCCGUUUUCAAAUACCAGAACUCCGUUUUCAAAUACCAGAACUCCCUUUUCAAAUACCAAAAUUCCCUUUUCAAAUACCAGAACUCCCUUUUCAAAUACCAGAACUCCCUUUUCAAAUACCAGAACUCCCUUUUCAAAUACCAGAACUCCCUUUUCAAAUACCAGAACUCCCUUUUCAAAUACCAAAACUCCCUUUUCAAAUACCAGAACUCCCUUUUCAAAUACCAGAACUCCAUUUUCAAAUGCCAAAACUCCGUUUUCAAAUACCAUAACUCCCUUUUCAAAUACCAGAACUCCCUUUUCAAAUGCCAGAACUCCAUUUUCAAAUACCAGAACUCCGUUUUCAAAUACCAGAACUCCCUUUUCAAAUGCCAAAACUUCAAAACUAAAUAUACAGGCAUGGUUAUCAUUUUUUUUGUAUCUUGCUUUGUUUCACAUUAUUCUGAAACUGCAGAGUACAAUACCGAACGCGUUUUGAACUUGCAUUUUUGGGUUUCUGGAGCUCCGCCCUAGGUUUGCAGCGGUGCCAGCAGGAUUUUAUUCAACUUCAAUGUUUUUCAGAUUUUUUGAACACAUGCGUGAUAGUCAUCAUGGAGCUGAGGGUGGUUUCUUUCCAACAUAA